AUGGACCAGAAUGCUCAUCUGCCACACAGCUCGCUUGGACCGCAGGCUCUAGGUAUCGUCAGGCCCUUUCUCAUUAUUGGCAUUCUUGUCUUCUCAGUGAGGAUCUACACUUGCGUAACCCAGGUAUACAAAUUGGAUGCCUCAGACUACACCAUCCCGGGUGCUGUUAUUAUCGAAGUUAUCGUCUACUUUCUCUUCAUAGCAAGUGUAACUUCUAGGCUGGGCCGUUACAGCUAUGAUGUAUCUCCGGAGCAAGGAGUAAAGACCCUUCGAUAUGUUUAUCUGGUUAUCUUACUGUCAACUCUUGUGCUCGCCCUCGCCAGGAUCUCGGCCAGGUUUCUACUGCUAAAGUUCGCGUCGACCAAGGCCUGGCGCGCAAUCAUCUGGGGCACGAUUGGUAUCCAAGCUGCGUGCAUUAUCAGCACUGAAGUCUUCCAGUUCAUCUAG